AUGAUGGCACCACAAGGAGGGUCACGCUUCGGCGUUGACCCAUCGGUCCUCAAGGAAAAUGCUUCCGAACAGAAGGGCGAGAAUGCCCGCAUUUCCUCCUUCGUCGGUGCUCUAGCCAUCACAGAUCUCGUCAAGACCACAUUGGGUCCCAAAGGCAUGGAUAAGAUUCUGCAAUCCGCCGGGGGUGACGUGCAAGUAACUAACGAUGGUGCCACUAUCCUCAGCAACAUCUCCAUUGACAAUGCUGCCGCAAAAGUUCUCGUCGAAGUGUCAAAGGUUCAGGACGACGAAGUGGGCGACGGAACCACAAGCGUAUGCGUUCUUGCGGGUGAGCUGCUGCGCGAAGCAGAAAAACUCUUGGAGUGUAAGAUCCAUCCCCAAACUAUUAUCGCGGGUUACAGAAUGGCUACUGAUGCCGCUGCAAAGGCACUGGAGGAAUCCACCGUUGACAACGGCGCGGAUCCAGAAAAGUUCAGAACUGAUUUGCUCAAUAUUGCCAGAACUACCCUUUCGUCCAAAGUUUUGUCCCAAGCCCGCGAUCACUUCGCCACUAUUGCUGUGGACGCCGUCUUACGACUUCGCGGAUCUACCACUCUUGACCACAUUCAAAUCAUCAAAAAGUCGGGCGAAAGUCUCGCCGAUUCUUGGUUGGAGCCAGGUUUCAUUUUAGAGAAAAAGCUUGGUGUCGGACAACCAACUCGUGUUGAGAAUGCUAAGAUUCUCAUCGCCAACACUGCCAUGGACACAGACAAGGUCAAGAUUUAUGGAUCUCGCAUAAGGGUGGACUCUCUUAAGCGCGUUGCGGAAAUUGAGGAUGCCGAAAGGGACAAGAUGAUCGCCAAGUGCGAUCGCAUCCUUGCCCACGGUUGCAAUGUGUUUGUCAACCGGCAGCUCAUUUACAACCGACCAGAGCAAUACUUCACGUCAAAGGGUAUUGUCGCUAUUGAACACGCCGAUUUCGAUGGGGUGGAGCGCCUGGCCCUCGUGACUGGCGGUGAAAUUGUCUCUACAUUUGAAGAUCCUGAGAGUGUCCAGCUUGGACAUGCAGAUGUCGUAGAAGAGGCGAUGAUUGGAGAGGAUACUGUCAUUCGUUUUGUGGGCUGCACUGCUAACGAGGCAUGCACCGUGGUGCUCCGAGGUGCCAACAUGCAGCUUCUUGACGAAGCUGAAAGAAGUCUGCACGAUGCAUUGUGCGUUUUGUCCCAAACUGUUGGAGAAACCCGAACAGUCCUCGGUGGGGGGUGUGCAGAAACACUGAUGGCCCAUGCUGUUGAUGAGGUGGCGAAGAAAACGCCUGGGAAGAAAGCCCUUGCCGUCGAGGCCUUUGCGAGAGCCCUCAGGGCUCUCCCAGAAAUCAUCGCAAGCAAUGCAGGUUAUGAUUCGCAUGAGAUUGUCGCACAGUUGCGAGCCGCACAUGCGGAGGGCAAUAAGACCGCUGGUCUUGACAUGAAUCGAGGCUGUGUCGGCGAUGUCCGUAAACUAGGUAUUACCGAGAGCUUCAAACUGAAACGCCAGAUGCUUUCGUCCGCCGUUGAAGGAGCGGAAAUGAUUAUUCGAGUGGACGAUAUCCUUAAGGCUGCUCCCAGAGAGCGCGACAACCCACAUCCGCAUAUGUAG